AUAAGAACAUCACGGUGGUUGCCGGUCGAAUCGCUAUCAUUCCACGCGCGAGGAGGCGGAGGGAAUCAGAAUUGUGGGAUUGCUCUGCCCGCGGCGCAGCUUCCUCCUGAUUAAGAAGGUUGAAAAGAGUUUCCAGCCAAUGUGUGUGUCGUCUACAGUCUACAGGUUCGAAGCGUGUAACACAUCCGGGACGCGUUGUGCUAGGAAAAGGAAAUUCCUUGAGUGAACAGGAAACCGGGUCGUCAUCGUCGUUGACAUUCGACGUUGCUGUGCGCUUCCACCCAGCAGGUGAGGGAUAGGCUGGGAAGCGAAUGUAUCGUAGAAGGUCACAGCUGGUUAUGUUGUGAAUCUAGGCCUGUGCAGAAGAAACAAAAAAAAAAUCCCCGAGAGAAUCGAUAGAACGUCGUGUGAGCAUCGUAGGAGAUACAGUUACAAGACUGUUUUGGGUAAAGUUACGUUGCCUGCUGCUCGCUACACACAGUGAGUGCCGCGCUUUGAAUGGGGAAAAGUUUUCCCUUGUGUCUGAGAACGGCGAAGAAAAGCUCGAUGCUGAAAUCGAGUCCGCCCUCCGCUGUUGAAGGGCUGUCAUCGUUCGAGUUUCCAAUAAUCGAUCCUAUAAAAUAAGGAAAACAGAGAAAAGCACAACAACAGAAAACGAAAAAAAAACCUUCAUGAAAUGGCGUGACACUACAAUUUCUACCCGAUUCAUCUUCGAAUCUUCGCCAGGGUUCUCGAGCCGGGUGGGGGUGCUGAAGUGAGUAGUUGUUCUGCUACAGAGUGACACAGACACAGCGAUGUGCUUGCUUGUACCCACUCCGUAGUAUUAAGUGUUUAUAUCUAUUUCACAAGCGUCGCGUCGGGUUGGUUGGGUCGAACCAAUAAGGCAAUGGCAAGUGGCUCGGAAAACUGCCUCGUCGCCGUCCUUGUAGUCACUGUCUUUCGAAGUUGAAUGGUCGAUGGAUGCUGGCUUCACCAGUAGCGCUAGAGAAACAUAGCUCUCUUCGAUGGUGGUGAAAAGUGUACUGAAAUAAUCAUUCUCACCGCCGUGCUAUACAGCACCACGUGGCGUCUCGUGAAACAACGUGCUCUACUUACGGCACUUUGUCUAAUUCAGUGAACAGCGGAAGGCAGCAAAACGGGAGGAAGUGAGUAGUGAGGGGAAGACAUUCCGGCUCUGGAGUAAAGGAUUAUACCCAGAAGCAGAACCGAAGGGAUCGUGCCGAAAAUUAAUAAAACACCAACCAACCAGCCGUCAUCGGCGCCGGUAGCACGCGAAGGUUUUACCUCGUUUGCGAAAAAGAAGUCGAGAAAGGAUAACGGUGGAGGAUCACAACGGAAACAGUUCCGGACCUGCUGCACAGCACACAGAAAUACACCAGGAAUGUUCUACAAAUGGUAUUCCAAUCUGAGUAAUCGUACGAUCGCGAUUACCAUCGUCGUCUGCAUCUGCAUGCUGUACGUCUCCUACACAUUCAACACAUGCCUGAUUGCGAGCAUCAAUCGGACGUGGAAGAAAGCCCACACGAGCUUCACCACGAUGACCACGCCCACGGAGGAAACCGAAGCACCACAGAUCAAAAUCCUCGGCUCGAUCGUCCGGAUAGUUCCGCUCACCGGUGAUGGCACCGGGUUCGACUCGAAAGGUCUUCUCGUCAAUGCCUCCGACGGGUCGCCAAAGUAUCGCUUCUUGAGGCAACAGGGUCUGCGUCCAUCUCGGCACCUCCCAGACGCUCUGAUCAUCGGAGUCAAGAAGAGUGGAACCCGAGCCCUGCUCGAGUUCAUCCGCCUUCACCCGGACGUCCGAGCUGCGGGAUGUGAAGUGCACUUCUUCGAUCGACACUACUCCAAGGGUCUCCACUGGUACCGGCACCACAUGCCACCGACUAUCGAAGGUCAAAUCACCAUGGAGAAGACCCCCAGCUACUUCAUUACCAAGGAAGCACCCAAACGGGUCUACCACAUGAAUCCAAGCACCAAAUUGCUGGUGGUCGUCCGAGACCCGGUGACCCGUGCCAUCUCCGACUACACACAAGCCCGCAGCAAAAAAAAAGACAUGAAGCGGUUCGAAGAGUUGGCCUUCCUCAACGGGACCUCCGGUGGAAUCGUGGAUACAACGUGGGGUCCCGUCAAGAUCGGCGUCUAUGCGAAGCACCUGGAACGGUGGCUCGAGUACUUCCCGCUCUCCCAGCUGAUCUUCGUCAGUGGCGAGCGGCUGAUCGCCGAUCCAGCGGUGGAAAUCGGACGAGUCCAAGACUUCCUCGGACUCAAGCGGGUAGUGAACGAGAAACAUUUCUACUUCAACUCAACCAAAGGCUUCCCAUGUCUGCUCAAAUCCGAGGAACGAUCAUCGCCACACUGUCUGGGGAAGACGAAGGGUCGCAAUCAUCCACGGAUCGAACCGCCGGCAAUCGAACGAUUACGAGAGUUCUAUCAACCGUUCAAUCUCAAGUUCUAUCAGCUGACGGGGAUAAAUUUCGGGUGGCCCUGAGGGAUUCUGCCCCACCGAAGCGUUGGUAGUUAGGUGUACAUAAAGCUAUUGAAAUUAUAAACAAAACAAAUACUGACGCAAACUAGGUUUAGCUAAACAAACUCAUUCCUGCAAAUGACAUGUUUUUGUAAAUAAUAACCAAAGAAAAAGAACCAAAUUUGUCGCAAUCGGAAUGACUUUUUUUUAUACCAAAAAAUAAUAACACGGAACAAAGCUCUGUCAUCUCUAGCGAUAGGAUUCAUUAGGGGUCAAUUAGAACUGAACCAAUACCAAAAAUCAAACAAAAAGAAAACCAACCUACAAUUCUCCCAGACGAAGGUUUAAUACAAGAAGCAAAUAGUGUAAAUUUAUCUUGCACUGAUAAGAGAAAUACAAAACUACAUUCGCACAAACUCUAUACAAAACUCCACCAAAUCGUAAGGUCUGCGCCGAUCUUGGAUGGCAUG